UUGGUCCUCCUGUCGAUGCUGGCAUUCGCCGGCAUCUCCCAGGCCCACCUUGCAGCCUUCACAAAAGGAAUGUAUUGCCUGAAUGGAAAUAAUCCUGCACACCCAGAUCUGAACACCGACAUUCCUGUUAGACCCCUAUAUGAACUCGAAAAAGCCGACUGGUGGUUCCAACACGAUCGGAAAUGCGACGCUGCACCGCCGCCGGCCGGCAACUUUCUCGAAAUUCCAGCAAACGGACAGUUCACGGUCGAGAUAGCAAAAAACCAGGCAUUCACUUCACUGUCCUAUGAUGGGUCCAAGGCUGGUACUUGGCCCGAUGGCGAGAACCAUCCCGAUAGCUAUGGUCCAUCGACCAAGGGGGAAGACUGUGUUGGAGGGAAUGGUGGCUUCCUCCACGCACAGGACGAGCAGAGUGCUGCAGGUACUGCGUUUGCAAUUAGUUAUGGUCCACUCUCGGCUGUGACCAUGGAGAACUUGGUCGUAUUCACAACCAAGUACCACACACCUUGGCAACGUGUCACCACAUACGAGGCACCGGAUCUCCCAGCAUGCCCGGAAGAAGGAUGCACAUGCGCAUGGCUUUGGGUUCCUAAGGGGUGCGGUCAACCCAACAUGUACAUGCAGGGUCACAAGUGCAAAGUCACGGGUGCGAAACCCACGGCCAAGAAGCUUGCUGCAGCCAAACCUCCCGUCUACUGCGAGGGCGACGCGUCCAAGUGUGUGAAGGGCGCCAAGCAGAUGAUUGCGUGGAAUCAGAAGAGCGGCAACAACAUCGAGACUGAGGAACAUCGAUCGCCCGGCUACAACGCCAACUGUGGCUGGACCGAAGGCGCCCAAACCGACAUCUUCGAAACUGGAAACUCUGUAAACUCUACCUCGACUCCUCCUCCUCAGGGGAAACCUGGGUCUCCUUCAAAGCCAACCCCGACCUUCACAACCCUCACCAGGUCUCCGUCCAAGACGCCCUCGCCUCCAAGCGCGAAUGGAAACUCCACCGCUCCUGUUCCGGGCGGCAACACUCCCCAGUCUCCAUAUGGCAACGCACCUCAAUCUCCAUACGGCGCCACUCCACCCUCACAGUCAAAGACCCCUGGUGCUCCCGGACCGGACAAGGGCGACACUUACAAGCCGCCAUCCGACAUGCCAUCAUCGCCUCCCAAAGCCGAGAACUCCACAACUCCAGAGCAUGACACCAACAGCCCAUCUGACGCACCCGUGACUCCGCACUGUGAGUCGCCCAGCACCCCAGAGAUAAACCCAAACGCACCUCAGCCGCCAUAUAACAACACAUCCCCUGACCAACCCGCCGGCAACACCCCUCAGUCUCCACAGUCGGAAACCCCAAGCAGCCCCGUGCCUGACUCCUCCGCUCCCACUCCCGCUCCCGCUCCCGCCCCUGAGACCCAGCCCAACACCCCUCAGCCUCCGGCGCAGGACACCCCAUCAUCCCCUCCCGCACCAGGCAGCCCCGACGCAUCGACUCCCCCCCAACAAUCGCCGCCGUCAUACGAAGAAUCACCCCAGCAGCCGCAGGAGGAGCAGCCGCCGGUCGACAAGCAUGACGUGCCGAAGCCAUCGCCCGACGUAGAGACGCCUUCGUCUGGGUACUACCGCUUUCACCGCCGAGGGGACCGCUUUUAGAAGGAUAAGGCAAGGCAGAUGUGCAGGGCCCUUAGUCUGUGUGACUUUGCUACGUCCCGUCCCAUUGUGCGCUGGAUGCGUGCAGAGUGCAGGAUAUCGUGUAUUUUGACAAAACACGCCACACACUCGCAAACGCACACACACACACACACACGCAGUAAUAUAUCUUCGCGCCAUAUUUGCUAUCCCAUGGGUAAGCUUUUGUUACAUACAUUCUUCCACUCCUUUGGUCUUCUUUACGACUACUACUACUAACUACUACACCCAACAACAUUAUUUUCUAUACGGUAUCAUGUGUGCUCUGGGAGUUCUGUUUGCUGUGUGGUGUAUGUAUGUGUGUAUGUGUGUUUGUGUGGGGUAUAUAAAUGAAACUAUGCAAUAUAUACAACUAUACGUGUUCGAG